AUGGAGGCGUUUGCUUCUGCUGCAUCGGAGUCUUCAAUAAUCCCGCGGAAACGCCGGUCAACACGUCUUUUGCGAAAAUGCGAACGAUUUAUAUGCAGCACCGCAAAAUACUUCCCACUUGUGUUCGUCUAUGCGGUUUCCACAUGGGCCGUGUGGAUACAGGCCACCGUGGGAUUUUCAUAUGCUAAAAGUACUUGGAUAGGCAAUACCAGCGCGAUAGCGGGGAUCUUCUUUUACGCCUGUUUAGCUGUCUCCUAUACGGUCGCCGUUUUUACCGAUCCCGGCUCACCCGCCAAUGCUCCCAUUACCCGAUCAGGGAAAAGUAACCGACAGGAUUAUAGCCACCUGCCUACCACUGAGGUUGCGGCCUACAACGCGUUGACUGUAAAUUCUUCAGGCGGGAAGAGGUACUGCAAGAAAUCGACAUGGGUAUGGAAGGAGAUGCUGACCGAAGCGCGUUACGCGGACCAUGCUUUGCCAGUAAACGUCAUCUUGCUAGCUAUUAUCUCCGGAGUUAUUGCGUUGGUAUUAACCGGGUUCACCGCCUGGCAUAUUAGUUUGGCAAUCCGUGGCCUGACAACUAUCGAGUGCCUCGAGAAGACGAGAUAUCUAUCCCCGUUGAGGAAAACGCUCGACAACCAGCGGCGGCAGUUUGCUUCUUAUGACGGGCAUCGCGAUACCGGCUUUAGCAACACUUUGCAUAGCUAUGGGCAGCAACUAGUUGAUAUGCAUGCAAAUGCUAUACCCGGUGUUACUCGGGAGGAGGAAGGGGAGGAGCGCCCUUCUCCAACUGUCACACGUCCAUUCGACACGCACCAUUUAGCUGAUGCAUAUAAUCCCAACGAGCACGCUGAUAACUACCGAACACCUGCACAACAGUCUCUUUACCGAUCUUUUGGAGAGCUAGAACGGGAUCGGGAGCGAGAUAGGUACGAGGAAUAUUUAGAUGAACGGGAUUCGGAGAAAUUCCCAAACGCAUUCGACCUUGGUUGGCGGCGGAAUCUGACCCACCUAUUCGGCCCAAACCCACUCCUUUGGGCGCUCCCUAUUUGUAGCACCAUUGGAGACGGCUGGCAUUGGGAACCAAGCUUCAAGUGGCUGGAAGCGCGGCGUGAUAUUGAGCGUCAACGCUUGAAACGAUGGGAACAGUCGCAAGGGCAAGGGCAGCAACCAGUGCAAGUUCAUUAUCACCCACAACGACAGUCAGACCAACUCUGGCGUGAUGGAUAUCCAGUCAAUGAGGAUUCGAGCGCCGCCCGGUUCUACGAUGGCCCGGGCGAAGUGCAUCACUCUCCUGCUGGAGUUUCCAUGAGGACUCUCCCGCGGCCGUCUCGGCGUCAAAGGCCCGCUGACGAGGACAGCGAUGCGAAUGUUUCCUCAGAUCGAUAUAGCACGAGUUCUGAUGAAGAACGAGGCUUGCAAAAUCCAAAGCACAGCAGCGGGUCAAGACCCGCUGGGGAGCGGGAAGAUGGGUGGCGUGAUUGGGAUUGA